AUAUAUAUGUAUGUAUUUCUCAGUUUGAUCUCUUGCUCAGGAUCUCGGCUGAAACCCUCAUUUUUGCUUACAUAUAGAUAACUACAGUGAUGUCUCCAAGCAGUGAUCUCGCCGGUGAAAACGUAAUUUACGACAUAAAGUUGUCGACGGUGGUGCCGGCGAGCAUCACGGCGGAGGGCAAGACCCGCCAGUUAACCAACAUGGACUUGGCUAUGAAACUGCACUAUAUAACAACUGUGCAUUUCUUCGGCAGAGACGCGGCGGAGGGGUUGAGCAUCCAGGAUCUCAAGAAUCCCAUGUUUCAGUGGCUGCAGCCGUACUACCCCAUCUGCGGCAGAAUUAGGCGGCACGACGGCGGCGGCAGGCCAUUCAUCAAGUGCAACGACAGCGGGGUUAGGAUCGUGGAGGCGAAAUGCGCAAAAACGGUGGAUGAGUGGCUGGAGACCGUCAACGGAGGCGAUCAUCACCGCCUGCUGGUUUACAAACAGCCUCUCGUCGCUGAUAAUUUCGGAUUCACGCCGCUCGUGUUUCUGCAGUUUACAGAGUUCAAAUGUGGAGGACUGUGUGUGGGAAUGAGUUGGGCUCAUAUUCUUGGAGAUGCAUUUUCAGCUACAGAGUGCAUCAACAUGUGGGGAAAAUUCAUGGCAAAUCGAACACCAGCACCCCACAUUCUCAGCACACCACCCAUCAUCCACCACCUUGAGAUGGCAUCGUCUUGCCGGUCCCUGAAACUAUUGGAUCCCCUUGGAGACAACUGGUUGACUCCAAACAACUUGAAAAUGCAAAUGGACACUUUUCACCUCACAGAGAAACAGUUGAGUGAUCAGCUGUCCGGAGGGAAUAAGAAUUAUAAGGUGAAGCCUUUUGAACUGAUCUCUGCUAUUGUAUGGAAAUCUUUGGCCAAAAUAAGGGACAGUUGUAGUAUGAUUGUGACGGUGUGUAAGAAGGGAGAGUUUGUUCAAACUAGUAUGGAAAAUGAAUUGCCUGGGAAUAUGCAUCAGGUGAUUGGGAUAGUUGAGGCUGAAAUGACUGGAACUGAUCCACUUGAAUUAGCUGAGCUGAUUGCUGGGAAGCUUGUGGACGAAACGAGCAUGAUCGAGAAACGAAUGGAGGGAGGGAGCGUGAAUGGGCAUCCGGCUGAUUAUAUCCUGUAUGGAGCAAAUCUUACAUUUGUUAACUUGGAAGAUGUUAAUCUGUGUGGGCUGAAACUGAGGGGACAGGGGCCGGUUUUCGCCAACUUAAGCAUCGGAGGGGUGGGCGAUGAAGGGGCUGUUGUGGUGGUUCCAUAUUCAGGACAGGGAAAUGGAAGUGGUGGGAGAACUGUGAAUGUGAUUCUGCCUGAACCUCAACUUUUACAGCUGAAGAAUGAGCUGAGGGUGGAGUGGGGCAUCCUCUGAAGGGAUUCUUAUGUUCAUCUUCCUCCAACUAUGGUCUAAAUGUAUUAAUUGUCUGUAACGUUUUGUUUGAAUAAUUACACGAACAUCACAUAUUAUAAUAUUUGAUUAAUUAAUAAAAUAAUUUUUAUUUUUCAGUUA